AUUUGAAUUUUGAAUAUGGAUCAAAACCCAGUUGUUAAGCGGCUAUAUGUUGGAGGACUUGAUCAUACAGUUUCUGCAGCUGAACUGCGGGAAAGAUUUUGCAAGUUUGGAAAUGUUACAGACACAGAAAUUGUUAUCCGGAAAGAUGAAAAAGGGAAGCCUACAAAAACAUUUGCAUAUAUCAGCAUCACCCUUUCAGAAAAAGAUCUUAGAAAAUGUAUAUCUGUGUUAAAUAAGACCAAAUGGAAAGGUGGAACACUACAAAUAGAAUUGGCCAAAGAAUGUUUUUUGCACAGAUUGGCACGGGAGCGUCAAGAGGCCAGUGUGAUGAAGGAAAAAACAAGCUCUAAUGGCAUGACCAACAUUCUAGAAUCUAUGAAGAAAUCUGGAGUUGUAGAUUUUCGUGUAAAAGCAGUACCAGGAACAGAAAUACCAGAUCAUAAGGAUUGGGUUGUUGGCAAGUUCGGAAGAAUUUUGCCUGUCCUCCACAUGAAAGCUCAACACACAAAUAAGAUUAUGAAAUAUGACCCUUCCAAAUACUGCCACAAUCUUAAAAAAUUGGAUUCAGACCUUAAUGAGACAGUUCCAGUUUCCCAACUCACUUGGCAUUUGGAAGAAGAUGCUAACAUCAUGAGCAAGAAACGGCAAGGACAAUUUCCUGUUUAUAAGAAGCCACCUAAAAGGAAAAUGAGAGUACAGGACUGUGGUGGCUUGAGUAAAACAGAAUUGAAAUCAUGUAGCCGAUUGUCAACAAAAACAAUAAAUAUACACAGGACAGAACUAGUUCAAAAUCGCACUCAUAUUGUUAAGCAAUACAAAAAACCCUGUGUGGAUCAGAUGUUUGUAAAUGAAUCUUGCAGGAAGAGAAGCAACCCAUCUGAAAGUGAUAUUGAUACUGAUGAAGAAAUUAGAGCCGCAAUAGCAAAAGAGAAAGUGCAGAAAGUUAACCCUAAUAUUGAGCCUGAAGAUGAUAGUAUGGAAGUUGUUGGAGAAAAUUUUGAACUGAAAUAUAGUACUCACUGGUCUUUAGAAAAAGCACACACUAUGAAGAAAGUAUGCAAUGGUGAGCUAAGGAGCACUGAAAACAAAUCUGAUGAUGAUUCAGCUGACACUGAUGAAAUUAUAACUGUGACUCAAAAGUCAAAUAAAAAAAAGAGAAGACAGGAAUCCCUAAAUGGAUCAAAGGCCACAAAAGAAAAAGAUGGAAGGUUUAAGAAAGGCAUAUUGUCACAGACUACAUGUUCUAAUUCUUCAGACUUGAAUGGGUCAACAUCUGACAAACUGAAAGGGGGAAAAACAGCAAUACCCAAAAAACCAAAUUCUGAGGUUGUAACUGAACAAAGCAGAGAUGCUAAUAAAUGCAAAUUGGAGAAUGAUGAUUUGUAUCUCGCCACAAGUGGAUCUGAAGGGGAUGAAGAUUAUGAAACCAUGAUGAAAGACUGUUACCGACUAGACCUUACAUUAGAAGAUUUAGAACGAUUAGCAGACGAAAAUGCUGAAUCUUCAGAUGAUGAUACAGAAGGUAAUGAUACUGACACUCAAUCUAAAACUAAUGAAUUUCUAGUUAGUCGUGCCAAAAAUAUUCCAAGGGCACCCACAGGUUCCCCUACUCCUAAAAAAUGUAUCUCCCCAGAAGAAAUUCUUGCUGCUAUUUUAAAAGAAGAAAGUGCUGAUGAAGAAAAUCCGAAGGAAGGAAACUCUUGUUUGAAAGUUCAGCCUUUUAGAGGAAUAGGGUCACUAAGUGAAAAAGGAACCAUAAAGAGGCUGACUAAGGAUGAGUCGGAUGCACAUAAAAGUAAAGCUAGUGGUGAUUCUUCUGACCUUAUUGGUACAGACGCUUUGAAGAGUACAUCAGAUCCCCAGUGCUUGGACUCUGCGACCAAAAAUCCUAAUUGUAAAUUACUCUCAUUAAGAAAAAUUAAAUCUGACUUGCACAGGGGAAAAUGCAUAGUAAAAUCAGAUGGAAAUUCUGACUGCAGUACACUCAACACAGAAGACAGUGAGGCAGAAACCAGUGACAGGAGUGUUCUAACUGAAACAAAGGUCUCAACAGAUCUGAAAUCUUUUUCCAAGAAAGCACCGAUAGAAAUUAGUUGCAAAGGUUCAGAUCUAAGUGAGAACUUGAAGAAUAUCCCUCCGAAAAGGAGAGAGACCCUUCUGGGUUCUGCCACAGAUGCACUGGAAAAGCAACAGCAGGAUAAUGAAAAAAGGCUGGCAGCUCUGCAAGAGAAGCAAAAAGAGAGAGAUCUGCAGAAGAGACUUAUUCAGGGAGCUCUUGCCCAUCUGGAAAUCAAGUCAACAAAUAAACAGAAGCACAUAGUAUUUGAUUCAGAUGGUGAAAGUGAAGCUGAAGUUCUGGUGAGCACGGAAAAAGGUUCAGGAGGAAAGCUGCUAGGAAAAGAGUUCACCACUAAAACCUCUGGAAAGCUGUUUGAAAGCAGCGAGGAUGAGCCAGAUACAGCCGAGGAAGAAGAUGACAGAUUCAAAAUCAAACCUCAGUUUGAGGGUAAAGCUGGUGAGAAGCUCAUGCACUUGCAGUCACGAUUUGGCACAGAUGAAAGAUUUCGUAUGGAUUCUCGGUUCCUUGAAAGUGACAGUGAACCAGAAGAUGAAUUAAAGAAACUGGAAAUAGAUGACGAGGAGGAGCUUGCAUUAGAGAAAAAGAAGAAUCUUGAGAUCUUGAAAAAUCUUCUGCAUAUUAAUGUAGAACAUCCCAAGUCUAACAAGCAGGCUGCAAGUGCCAGGAAAUUCAAGGAUAUUAACACACUACGCUAUGAUCCUACAAGGCAGGACCAUGCAGUGUUUGAAAGAAAGCCAGAAAAUACUGAAAAAGAAAGUAAAGCAAAAAAGAAGAAAAAGAGGGAGGAGACCCAGAAGCUGCCCGAGGUGUCUAAAGAAAUAUUUUAUGAUGUUGCUGUGGAUUUGAGAGAAGUACUUGAAUCUACUAAAUGUGAUGAAAAACCAGAAAUAAUACCCUGGGAUAAACAUGAUAAUGUGGACGAAGCAAUUCCAGCUGAUGUAGGACCAAUAAACAAAGAUAAAAGUAACAAGCAAGAAGAAACUAGUGGCUUCACAUUUUCCUUUUUUGCUGCUGAAGAGGAGACAUCACCUAUGAAAGAAGAACCCUAUCUAAUUGAAACAAUAAAGCCUUCAAAAGUUGCAUGGCAAGAAGAUCCCCGUUUUCAAGAUAGUAGUUCAGAAGACAAUGAUGAGCCAGAAGUGGUUGAAACAGAAAAUGUUGAAGAAACGUCUCCAGCUGCACCACACUCAAACAUUAGAUUCUUCUUCUUCUCCCAAGAUGACGAAAGAUUAAAAGAGGGCCCAAAACUCUUCUGCCGAUCGUCCAACCUUGAUGAAGACAGAGAUGAUUGGGAAAGCAGGCGACAAAUGUUACAUGAAGAUUGUCGAAAGAAACAUAAAGAUGCAAGAAGGAAAGUCAAAGCAAAACACUGAAUAUGGCAGACAAGCGAGCCAGAGGCGUCUCA